AUGUCAUAUCAUCAACAAUUCCAUCAUCAGUACUCUCCUCCUCCCCCACACCCUUACCAUUAUUCUCAUCAAUAUUCACAACAAUAUCCAAAUCAUUCAAUUCACCCAAGACAGUAUUAUUUAGCAUCUAAUACUACAAGUCCACCCACAAUCACAACUGCUUCUGCUACUGCUGCUAAUAAAAGCAAUAGUAGCAGUAGCAAUACACCCACUUCACCUAAUCUUGGUAGUGGAACAAGUAGCAUAUCUUCAAUAACAAAUCUUACAUCAAUAAAUAGUAGCAAUAGCAGUAAUAAUAAUAACAACAACAAUAACAAUAAUUCAAUUGGUGCUUUAAUGGGAAGUCACAAUGAAAUUCCAAUUUCAAAUAUAAAUAAUUUAACAGGAAUUGGUCAACAACAUCAUUAUAAUUCAAAUAAUAAUCAUAAUAACAAUAACAAUAGGUAUUCUUUUUUUGAAUAG